AGCCAUGGAAAUGGCGGCUGCGGUCCAAGGGGCGGUCGGAAAGCGGCUGUGGAGUGUGACAGAGGUACCCUACCUUAACGCUUUGGUGGCAUCCCAGUGCCUUGAAUCGAAGGAAGUUUCACCUCUUACUCUGCUUCACCCCGAGGCCCUUGCAACUUUCGGCCUGUCGCUGCAGCUGGACCCCGCUUGACUGGCUCAGCCUUGAUGGAGACGCCGAGCCUCGGGGACGGCGGACCCGCCCCCUCGAUGGCCUCCAGCGACCUCCCAGUCCCAGAGCAGCAGCGUGACCUCCGGCAAGAAGAUGUGGCUGUGGGAUCGGAAAGAGUGGGAGAAGACGAAAGACAAAUAGCAAUAAAAAGAAUCAGUGAGUGUCAGCCCCUGCUACAAGAAGCCAUCGCCUCUUCUCAGUUGGGUGACACCACAGUGACCGGAUGCCAUAAGCCUGUCCCUUGUGGAUGGGAACGAGUUGUGAAACAAAGAUUAUCUGGGAAAACAGCAGGAAGAUUUGAUGUCUACUUUAUCAGCCCACAAGGACUGAAAUUCAGAUCCAGAAGUUCACUUGCUAAUUAUCUUCACAAACAUGGAGAGACUUCUGUUAAGCCAGAAGAUUUUGAUUUUACUGUACUUUCCAAAAGGGGCAUCAGGUCAAGAUCUAAAGACAGCAAUGUCGCAGCUCUGACAUCCCAACUGCAGAAUGAAAGUCACAUUUCAACCCGGAACCUCAGAACACGAAGCCGGUGGAAGAAAGUGUUUCCUCUGCCCAGUAGUAAUUCCGAGCUGCAAGAUAGCAGGGGACUGUCCAGCCCUGAGUCCAUUCAGGUGCUUUUGGAAGAAGAUGAGGGUAGUAAUGAUGGUAACUCCAGGAAGGUUAGCAAGUCCAAAAGGAAGGUGACAAUUUUGAAAGGAAUUCCAAUUAAGAAAACCAAAAGACGGUGCAGAAAGAGUGUUUCAGGUUCUGUUGAAAGUAAUGACAAAGGAGAAUCUCCAUGCGACAAGACAGAUGCUGAAAGAGAGCCUGUUGCCCAAGACAGUGAGCUGGGCAGAACUUUGUGCAUCUCUGACACCAGAGUGAGCGACAAGACCCUCAGUGUGACCGAUAAAGUCAAGAGCACCGUGAAAGAAAACUCACCCAAUUCAGGAUCAGACGUUCAUUUUGAACAAAUAACUUCUGGCGCCUCAGACAAAUUAUGUUCUACCAAAGAAGCAGAACGCAACGAGAAGUGUGGGGAGACCGAUUUAGAAUCAGAGGAAAGCAGAUCGAAAGGAGACCAGGCGGAGAGGAAGGAGCAUUUGCAUAUGGACCUUUUAAAAUGUGGCUCUGAAAUAGACAGCAAACGCUCAGAAGAAGACACCACCAUCCCACGGACACAGGUCAAAAAAAGGAAGACGAGCUUGUAUUUUUCCAGCAAGUAUAACCGAGAAGCUCUCAGCCCCCCACGACGCAAAGCCUUUAAGAAAUGGACCCCUCCUCGGUCACCUUUUAACCUUGUCCAAGAAACACUUUUCCACGAUCCCUGGAAGCUUCUCAUCGCGACGAUAUUUCUCAAUCGGACAUCAGGAAAAAUGGCAAUUCCUGUGCUUUGGGAAUUUCUAGAGAAAUACCCUUCAGCUGAGGUAGCAAGAACAGCAGACUGGAGAGAUGUGUCAGAACUUCUGAAGCCUCUUGGUCUCUACGAUCUUCGAGCCAAAACCAUUAUCAAGUUCUCAGAGGAGUACCUGACAAAGCAGUGGAAGUAUCCGAUUGAGCUUCAUGGGAUUGGCAAAUAUGGCAACGACUCUUACAGGAUUUUUUGUGUCAACGAGUGGAAGCAGGUGCACCCCCAGGAUCACAAGUUAAAUAAAUACCAUGACUGGCUGUGGGAAAAUCAUGAAAAAUUAAGUCUGUCUUAAAGCCCUU